AAAUACUGAAAUCCGAAUCGCGACAAUCCACGGCAACCCAUCGUGUUACAUUCAUUCGUUUUCUCUCUUCUUCGUCAGUUUCCCGCCAAAGUUUAGUUAGGGACUUCGACAGGGGAACUAUUAUCCCUAGUGAUUCUAUGCAACCAGAAUUCCUUUGUUUGUCUGCGAUCUUCGUUUUGAUGCAUUUUCUCUCCAAUUCUUCUCUUGCUGCGAUCGAAAUCGAUCGGGAAAUCCACCGUCGUAUCAAUCGCGCCAAAUUUCGUUCCUCGAAUUUCUUUCUUGUGCUACAGCUUUCCGAUGCCAAAAACCUAAUUCCUUGAGAUUUUGCAUUUCGAUUAUCUGCUUCUUUUUUUUUUUUUCUUUUUCUAAUGCCUCUAUUGCUGCCAGGAGUUUAGAGUUUCGGUCCUUUGUUUUAUCAUGGAGCGCUCUGCAGCGGAGGAUCGCGAAGGUCCCGAGUCAGGGAGGUCGCUGAGAUGGAUGAGGCCUUGAAACGAUGGACACUGGCCUCCGCUUCUGCCAAUCAAAAUUCUAAUGCCUUGGAGCAUUCCGUUGGCGGUGCUGCUCGCUCAGAUCGUUCGGUUCCUGCUGAACUGUCCGAGGAUUCUAUCACUCAGGUCGCCCAUGGUUUACGCGAUUGGCGCGGCAUAUAUUAUAAGGUAUGGUGGUUUAGAGAGUCAUUUGGCCUUAUAGUGCAAGCGUUGGUUCAUCAGCCCCGUUCUCAGGUAAUAAACCCUUUCUUCUGCAUAACUUAUUUUGCCAUCUCCCUUUAUUUCCGUUAUGGAUUAUAGGAAUGAUUGAGAAUCGCAGCAGAUAAGAGCUCUCCUUUCCUUUUGCCUCCUAUGAUGUUGAGAUGUUAUUUUCUCUCUAUCUCCUCCGUAAAAGAAUACAAAAGCAUAUGAUAUUAGGUAACCAACUCGUUUAUUAUUUUCAUGUUGCUCUCAUCUCGAGUAAUAUAGUAUUGUAUAAAGCACGGUUAUAACACAGUCGUUUGGCAUGUAAUUGUAAGGUCCAGUGUUUAAUAAUGAAUCGACGAAGGUGGUAAGGGAAGUCAUUUGCUUGACUUUGCUGCUAAUGGCUUCCUCUCACAGGCACCAACUUUUGUUGA